AUGUGGGCACAAGGCAUGCUCGGGUUAUUGCCCGCUCUACUCCUACUCUCUGCGACGACAGCCACGGCCGUUUCUCUUGAUUGCAAGAACGUCGUUGUGAAAGGACAGCAUUUCGAUCUCUCCGAGCUGGCUGGCCCGCGUGCUGUCCACCUGAUCGAAGAUACCCCUCCGAGUCUUUCCAACACCACCUUUACUAUCGACAUCUGCAAUCCACUGAAGAGAACCAAAAACGUCCCCAAGGAGAAUGAAUGCCCAACUGGCACAUACGGUACCUACUGCUUCUUGCGCCUCUGUCAUUCGCCUACUUACAACUUGCANGUUUGUGGUAUUGAAUACGAUUAUAACCUCGCCGAUAACUCCAGCACCAUUAGACGAGUCAUGCCCAUUGCUGGCCAGUAUGCCGCGUCUCACAGUAGAUUCUUGGACCCAGAAUGGACCCGCCUAAGGAAUUCCCCUUCACACGAUGACGCCAACAAGGAAGGUCUGAGGGUUGAGCUACAUGGAGGAAGGUACCCCUUCGAAAAGUCCGACGGUCGCCAGCAAAAGGCCAUUAUCGAGUUUCAGUGCGAUCGCAACAGGACCGGUCUGGAGGGCUCUGAGCACGAUUCGCGCGACAAGCUCGAUGAGGACCAAGAGGCUGUACGCCUAGCAAUUCGUGCCGAGCCUGACGACAAGAAGGAUGACAAGAAGGACGACAAGGAAGAACCUGCUGAGGAUCCCAGUCUGAAGCUUGUCAGCUACAGGUCAGAGGGAGAGGGCGAUUCCGAAUUUGAUGUCUUGCGUCUGCAAUGGAAGACAAAGUACGCAUGCGAGGGCAUGACCGAACACAAGCCCACCUCUGGCAACAACUCCAGCAAACACUGGGGCUUUUUCACCUGGUUCCUCAUCAUGUAA